AUGUCUCGCCGCGAGUCCGUUGGACGCCUGAGAGCGGGCUCCCAAUCCGACUCGGCGCCACCAAGUGUCAAAAUGGUGUCUUGUGCCGUCCUACCUCCGCGCCUCCCAGCAGGAAUGGCUCCACCGACGGGCAUCGGGGCGUUUGAAGCCAUCAGCUACGAUGAAUCCCUCAACUGGGAACACAACAACCCGAUAAGCGAGGAGGAGCCCAGCAGGCGGAAGGGUUUGUUUCGCAAGGUUGGCCUCACCACGCAACGGAAAAGACGCGACUCACAAGAUGAUCUGCCGCCCUUUGUGAUGCGUCAAAUCCCUUAUGACACCUGGCGAAAGCAUUAUGCAAAGGACAAAGAGGGCAACUAUAGAGGGACGCAUGCUCCGGCGGAAGAUUGUCUUCUCAAACCAGAAGAUGUACGAAAGUGGCGACUUGGUGAUCCAAUCACGAAGGCGGACAGGUGGACUCGAGGGAGAGAGGCGCUUCCCGUCUAUUCGGAGGUCCAUGCCGAAGGAGCGGUGCCAGAGUAUCAGGUUGACGACGUCAAUCCAGACCAGCCUCUGGCGGGCGGGGGCAUGAUGACCCGAGAGGAUGACAGGCUAGCGAAAUACAUUGAUGCAAGCGACCCCCUGCAGCAGCGAAGCUCCAGGACCGCUUCCCUGAACCUCGAGCAUCCCAGCAUAACAUCAUCAUCAUCAUCAUCACCACCGCAGCCGACUUCACCACGUCAAGAGCAAACGAUCGCCGAUGGGAAGACGGCCACGGAGAUAAUCGAAGAAGCUCGAACCAAGGGCAAGCCGAAGUUGACAUGGAGACAGAAGUUGUCUAAGGGGGUCUCGAUGACCAUGGCCGCGCCUGUGCAAACGACCGUCUGGACAGGAAUCUAG